AUGCGUUCUUUCGCAAUCCUCGCUGCGGCAUUGCCGUUGGUUCACGCAAUUGAACCUCCGCGCAUGCCACACCAGCCUCUCGGCAAUGGCACCAAGCGUCUGAGCUACAACGAAACCACCGACAGCCCCGGAUCUUUGACACCUUCAACACGAUCCUUCACCUGGGUUGGCACUGGGGAGGAUGGCGACUACAUCUACACAGCUGCCUCUGGCGACUUUGUCUUUGAGAAUGUCGCAACAGGCGAAUCGUCUACUUUCAUCUCCGCUGACCAGGUACCGGAGGACUACUGGGAUUACUUCAUCUCGCCUGAUGCCACCAAGGUCAUGUGGGCCGUCAACUACACGAAGCAGUACCGCCACUCUUACUUCGCUGAUUACCUGAUCAUGGACGUUGCGACUGGAGAGUCCGUGCCUCUUGAUCCCGAGCAAGUCGGGGAUAUUCAGUAUGCCGAAUGGAGCCCCGCCUCGUCGUCUCAGGUCGCAUUCGUCAAGGGCAACAACCUGUACAUGUCCACCAACGGCACUAUCACUCAGAUCACCGAGGACGGAGGGCCCGACUACUUCAACGCUAUUCCUGACUGGGUUUACGAAGAGGAAAUCUUCGGCGAUCGCUACACUCUAUGGUUCUCGCCCGAUGGCGCUAAGGUUGCUUUCCUUAGCUUCAACGAGACCGGUGUUGGCACAUUCAGAAUCCCAUACUACAUCGACGAUGAUGCUGAAUAUGUUCCUGUUUACCCCAAUGAGUUGGAGCUUCGCUACCCCAAGGUCGGCACAAAGAAUCCGACUGUGGUCAUGAACAUGCUUGAUGUAGAGUCUGGCGAAUACACCAACAUUCCCAUUGAUGCUUUCCCGGAGAACGACCUUGUUAUUGGCGAGGUUGUCUGGCUUACCGAGGAGCACAGCAAGGUCCUUUACCGCGCCUACAACCGUGUCCAGGACAUGGAGAAGCUCGUUGUUGUCGAUGUAGAGGCUGGGUCGUCCAAGGUUACCCGUGAGCGUGACGGUACUGAUGGAUGGCUGGAGAACUUGAUGCAAGUUCGAUAUAUCGGAGCUGUUGAGACUGCGAACGCUUCUUACGGAAACGCUACUGAAUACUAUAUGGAUCUCUCUGAUAUGAGUGGCUGGGCGCAUAUCUACCUCUUCCCCGUCGAUGGCGGAGAGCCUAUCGCACUCACAUCUGGUGAGUGGGAAGUUAUCAGCGUACCCAAGGUUGACUACUCCCGUGGCCUUAUCUACUACACCUCUACCGAGCACCACAGUGCCGAGUCCCAUAUCUACUCUGUCAGCUUCUCUGGUGAGAAGACUGCGCUCGUCGAUGACAGCGUGACUGCUUUCUGGACUGGAUCUUUCUCUUCCGGCGGCUCAUACUAUGUCCUCCGUUACGCUGGCCCCGACGUGCCAUACCAGGAGCUGUACUCUAUCAACUCCAGUGAGCCAAUUCGCACAAUCGUCAACAACACAGCACUUUACGAGAAGCUUCAAGGCUAUGCUCUCCCCAACAUUACCUACCUAGAUAUGGAACACCCAGACGGCUACACUUUGGACGCCAUGCUCCGCCUGCCACCCAACUUUGACCCCUCCAAGAAAUACCCUCUCCUGCUCAUUCCUUACGGUGGCCCCAACGCAAAAGAGGUUCACAAGGACUUCAACCCACUCAACUGGAAGGCUUACGUUGCCUCUGACCCUGAGCUCGAAUACGUGACCCUUACCGUCGACGGCCGUGGUACUGGUCGUAAAGGUCGCGCUUUCCGUUCUCUCGUCACUUCUAACCUGGGUCAACUUGAGGCCGAAGACCAGAUCUGGGCUGCCAAGGAGCUUGCAAAGAACGAGUGGAUCGACAGCGAGCAUAUUGGUAUCUGGGGUUGGUCUUACGGUGGCUACCUCUCCUCCAAGGUUGUUGAGGUCGGCGACCCAAUCAUCAGCUACGCCAUGAUCACAGCCCCUGUCAGCGACUGGCGCUUCUACGACUCCCUAUACACUGAACGCUACAUGAAGACACCCGACAUCAACCCCGAGGGUUACAACCGUAGCCGUGUUCAUGAUGCCACAGGUUUCAAGAACAUUGCUGGUGGUGUCGUCAUUCAGCACGGUACUGGCGAUGACAACGUGCACUUCCAGAACUCGGCUGCGUUGGUCGACCUGCUCAUGGUCAACCAGGUCACUCCUGAGAAGAUGCAGAACACUUUCUUCACUGAUAGUGAUCACAGCAUCAACUUCCACAACAACGGAAAGUUCCUGUACAGACAGUUGAGCAAGAAGCUGUAUGAGGAGAAGGCACGCGAGGGCGACAGCAAGGGUGGUCACCAGUGGAGCAAGAGGGGUCUGGGACGCAAAUGGAAAGCUUGA